CGCCAUUAUAUAAGCAGGCAUAAUGGCUCCGAAGAAAGAGGCCCCCGCACCGACAGAGCCUCCUGCCGAGGAGGAACCACCGAAGGAAACCAUCAAGAUAGACAUACAGGUGCGCAAUGCAUAAGACUGCAGCCAGCGAGACGGCUUCGGCGUGUCCUUGUAUACCACACCUUACAUUGCAUAAGUGCUGUGCAGGUUGGUCAGGUGUCGAAUCUGCCGGCGGAGCUGGCGACAUGUGUGAUUGCCGAAGGUGACUGUCUGACACUGUCGACUUGGGGGAGGAGCGGAGAGGGCCACGAGGUUCUUUGUUUGUGCAAACACAACAGGCUUCCCCGAGGCCCCUGUCGUAUCGGAGAAAGAGGAAGCCUCCAGACAGCCGGUGGGAACAAGCAAAUGACUCCCUUGUUAAAACAAGAGGGUGCGGUGCGUGUUGUGUUGCUCGUUGUGUUGGUUCUUUCCUUUCAGGGGCCAUUUGUGUUCCCCCAGCCUACCCUGCACUUUCCCAAGGCAGCGGACAGUAGGCACAACACACCAUCGAUGCGAUAUAUGUACAGUACGUCUGUCUGGUCUGGAUGGAUGGAUGGAUGGGUGCAGAUGCCAGUGGGUAUCGGGCCAUGCUCGACCGUGUGUGCUCCAAGAUGCUCACAAUCAGGCUUGUGGACACCACAGAAGGCACCGCGGCCGAGGUGAGUGAGAAGCCAACCACACACAUGUAUCUGAUGGCGUGUAAUGAAUGCAUUGCAGCAAUGCCCCGAGGUAGGCCGCCUGAGCGUCGACCUGAUCCCCCUGCUGCACACGUCAAAGGAUGUCACCGGCAGAUUCCAGUAAGCAAGCGAAACAUGCCGCGGAAUGUUGUCUGGAGACCCUGUCUGUCCAUAAGUGUAGGCUCGAGCUCACCGAGAAGUACGAUGCCUUGUUCGACAAGCCAGCAGCUGUGGAGGGCGAGAAUGCCGACCAGAAUGCAGAGGAGGGCGACAAGGGAGAAGAGGAGGCAGAGGCGGCACCUGCCGAAGGUUGGGAAGUAUAGCUGGCUACGAAGGGCUGUGCAUGUCUACUGAUGUUGCGUAUGCAGAGGUUGAUCGGUCGGUGUGGGUUGACGUGACUCUGGUGGCUUCGGAGCUCCUGGCGCCGCCCGAAGACAAGGGAGAUUGGAACGCCAUGACUGUCAGGGUAGCCGCACUUUCAGCGUACGCAGAGCUCCUCACACAACCUCCUCCUCAUUUCAGAUUGAGGGCGUCUAUGCGCUCCCCCCGGCCCUGAGCGCCUUCGGCACAUCGGUCACCAACAACGUAUUGGACGCCACCAACCACCCCUUCGACUACACGGUCCAUCUACUGGGUAUGCAUAUUUCCGAGGGGGCGUUGGUACAGCCACCACCGCCGCCCGAGGAGCCGCCCGCACCAGGAGCUGCAGAGGGGGCGGGGGAUGAGGGCGAGGAGGCGGCUGCUGCAGAGCCUGUCCAGGAGACGCCUGAAAUGUUCUACGAAAAGACAGGUGAGACAUCCAUACAUGCAUGUGCCUGUCUCUAAGCUGGGUGCCUCACUCGUUGUGCUUCGUUUGUUGGUGCGGUGCGACACCAAAGAGAAGGCUGAGGUACGUGUGUUUUGGGAGGACCCUGCCGCGCCGUCUGGUGGUGACGAGGCGAAACAUCCUGUGGAAAGGACUGCUUACAAUGGACGAAAGGUGAGAACCACCCGGAUGGAUGAAGGAACUGAUUGUCGAGCCGUUUUUUGAAUGAUCACUUGUGGGUGCAGUACCUUCGAUCCUUCAAGACCAUGCUUGACAAGCAGGGAGGUGUGUGGGCUUACUUCGUCCCAUCGGGGAAGCCUUCCAUAAUGGAGGCAGUGAGCUGGGCACCAACAGAAGCAAUGCACAAGAGGACGUCUCACACUCACAUACCCGCGUUGCUGUCGAUGCUGUGUGUUGGCUGGCAGGAUGUGAAGGCCAAGAAGGGCGCCCCGGUGGUCGACAAGGAGGCCAUACUGGAGGCAUGCAACAGGUACUGCGGCAAGGCGUGGAUUGACCUCCGCAGGUUCCAAAGGCGAGCCACCAAAGGUAGGUAUGCUGGCAGCCAGGCAAGAGGCCGGAUUCGUCUGAGGCUGCCUCCUCCCGUUGGUGCACUGCAGAGGUGUCUGGGCGGUAUGCACUGACGUCAUUCAAGCUCACUCCCCCCCCUGAGGAACCACCCGCUGAGCAACCAAGUGACGGAGAGGGAGCCGAACAGCCGACAGAACCGAAAGGUAAUGAAUGAACACAACACGCGUAAAGCUUGUGUGGGGUGGAGUCUGUCUGGUCCUUGAUUCAGAGGCUCCCGAGAGUCUGGAGAAGCAUCGCACGUACCUGAAAGUGACCGUCAGCUUCCUCACCGGUAAGCGAGCAACAGGCACACAGCCACAAAUGCCGCUGCUUUCGUGGAUGAAGGUGUGCUACCCUUGGAGCCGCGGUCCCCGCCUCCCCUCCCCCAGGACUUUCUGCCGGCCCGGCCUCUCCCACCACCACUCAAGACAUCAGAGGAAGCGGCAGAGUUCUUCAAGGCGUGAGCAGCCGCACACACACAUAUUCUACUGAUGGCAGGCCGAAUGCUGUCUGUUUGUGUGGCGUAUGUAUGCAGCGUGAUAGAGAAUGGCAUCGACAUGGUGGGCCGUGAGUUCGAGAAGCUGGACAUACUCCAGCAGAAGACCGCGCCGCACAGCGUGGAGGUACGGACGAUAUGCACCCACGCACUCAAUUGCACUGCACUUCUCUAUAUAUAUACGUCCCGUCUCCUUCCUGUUCAGCUUCGUCAGGGCUUCUUGGAGCACUUGAGGUCCGUCGGUGUCUACCAGCAGAUGCAAAACAACCUGAGGGAGGCCAUGGUCGGCACAUGCAUAAAGGCGUAGUGCUGAGACGGAGUGUAUGCAGCCAGCCAUGUAUGUAUCUAUCGCACACACAGGUGAAGAUUGUUCGCGAGAAGGUCCAGAAGCAGCCUGACGCUGGUAGGCACGACACACGUAUAUGUCAUUCACUGCUGUAUGUAUGUGUGUUCAGUUCCUCAACUGAGCGGCGGCAUUUCGCUUGACGCGAGGGACAAGUUCUAUUCAGAGCUGUUUGUCUACAUGACCGACUCACUUCAUCGCACCGUCAACCGCAGAAUCAGGUAUGCGCCGCAGUACAGCGCAGCACAGCACAGCACAGCACACUUGCCCCUCCUUCACUUAGGGAGGAGCAACGUGGCAAGGAGGAGCUGCAGUGGAAGCACCCAAUCACAAGAGAAGACAGACGAAGUACCACACAGUCACACACCCAGCCUCUUUUCCACCAUCAUGUUGACUCAAGUGCGUGCGGUGUCAAUCAGGUGAUCCGUCGAAGGAGAUGCCGACCGAGAGGCUGCGCCGCCUGAUAUUCGAGUGCGAGACCAAACGGGACUACGAGAGGGCGGCCAAGCUGUACCAGAACCUCUGCGUGGCCGAGGCGGACGAUCCUGUCCAGAGUGCGUCGACCUGGUACCACUACGCCCGAUUCUGCUUCCGCACCGGCCGCACCGACGCCGGCGAGGAGGCGCUCAAGGAGGCCAUCUGCGUGGCGGGCGGAGAGAGCAGCGCGCCCAAGGACGUGCUGCGGAUGCUGGGUGCAGCGCUCAUGGCCACAGGCCGGUAUGAGGGUGCGGUGCACUUCCUCUCCACUGUGCUGCAACGCGAGCGGGGUGGCCAUGGUGACGUCACCAGUCGGCCGACGUACUUUUUGCUGGCUUUGGCGUACUUCAUGGAUGGCCAGUACGAGCUAGGCGAAAAGUAUCUCACCUUGUCGACCAAGGAUGCCGCGUACUUUGAAGACGAGGAGGAAUUCGAUCAAGGUGAAUGAAGAAAGGAAGCAGAGGCACAUCAUGUCGAUCAGUAAAUGAACCAACCUAUGAGGGUGCAUAUAUUCGGGCAGGUCCGAGGCUGUUUGUGACUCCUCCCGAGGCACCCGCCACAGACACUGACGUGAGGGCAGACGGGUGCAGCACUUUAGGCACUCUCUUAUCAAUGUCUCCUUUUCUCUGCUUCUACCUGUGCUGCUGCAGGUGUCUCCCACGUCAGUCGCUACUUCCAGAGAGGAGGUGAAUGUCGCACACACACAUUCACGCACAGACCUGCAUCGCAUCGCAUCGUGCUGCUGUAUCGUAUCGCUCGUGUAGUAUCCAGCAUUUGAAGACCCAGCCACCGGCCACCCGGUAGGCGAUGCGAUAGGCUGGGUGUCAGAAGGCAAGCCGAAACACUCACGUCUCAUCACGUGUCGUGUUUCUGUUUGCAGGCGGAGGCCGAGCAGGAGAUGUGCAUCCUGGAAGGUCUUGACCUGCUCCUCGCAUACGAAAUCCCACAACCCGCCAUCGAGGCACGCACUGCACUGACCAGCCUGGCUGACACACACGGAUGGCCCCAUCCAUGACUGACUGACCUCGAUGGAUGCAUGCAGGUCAUUGACCGCGAUGACCUCGGUCUGCUGUCUCUCACGAGUCGCGCCAGCGAACGGGUCAAGAAGAUCAAAAUCAAGGCACUCAUGCUGCUCAACGGUCACAUCGCGACUACCCAGAAAAGACGCCUGAGAGGGAGGGAGGGAAAGACACCGUGACUGUGCUGUAUCUUCAGAAUAUGCUGUAGCGGCCGAUCACUUGCGAGAGGAGCUCGACCGCAACGACAGGCAACAGGAAGGUGAGGUCAACGCCUGGUCCCCGCCUGUAGCUGGCUGUUCCCCCUGCAUCCACUUGCGUGUUGGUCAGUGUGGAUGCUCUACGGCGAGUGCCUGCUUCGCACAAACAAUAGAGCACGGUGAGACCACGCCUGCCAGGCAGGCAGGCAGACAUAAUCACCCGAUUGUGUCUGCAGUGCCCUGGAAGCCUUCCAGCAUUGUCUCGAGUUUUGCGAGGAGCUCACCGACCCGCUCGUUUACCUCAGGGCGGGACAGCUCCUACUUGGAUACGGGUGGGCGACCUGAGAUAAAGAGAUAGACGGCAGCCAGCCACCCUCUAAAUGGCACGGAGUGCCUCACGCACGCAGGCACUUCAAGACGGCCAAGAGCCGCUUCCUGCAGUCGCUGGAAAUCCAGUCAGUAGACACGCAAGCCGAAGAAAGGACACGGGUGUGGUGUGUGUUGAUAAAUUGGGCUGCUCUUCCUUAAUCGAUAUAUGCAGGGCUACGGCAGAGGCGUGGUACGGUGCCGGGAAGUCGUGCUACCUGCUUGAGGACUACGAGGGCGCCCGGGAGUGCCUGUGUGAGGCCAACUACCUCGACAACGAGCACCCGCAGGUGUGGGGAUUCCUCUGCCUCGUUGCCAUCAAGACCGACAGACCGCACGAGGCCGACCAGUGUUUCAAGUACGCCAUGCAGUGGCAGCUCGGCGAAGCUGAUGUGCUCAUCGCCAUUGGAAGGGAAUACAUACAAAAAGGUGAGGCCAUACACCUGCCUGCCUGCUUGUAUGUGGAUGGAUGGGUGGAUGGACGCCUUCGUGCAUUCAGGUGUGAGUGGUCACCUGGCGGAGUCGGCCUUGCGAAAAGCCGUGCAGCUGCAGGGUCAGCGAGCCGGGAGACAUAGGAUUCUCCAUUCAUACUGUGUGUUCAUCCACGCGUCUCCGUGUUCCUCCAUGCACGGCAGAUUCGGGCUAUGCGCGUCUGUUCUUGGCCCAGGCCCUCGCACUGCAGGACCUCUACGAGAAGGCAGUCCUCGAAGCACAGGUAAGAACCCCUUCCCCCACACAAUCAAGAGCCUGCCAUGCACAGACACAGCCAGCGGUGUUUCAGGUGGCUAUUGGGCAGGCGUAUGAUCAGCCAGGUACACAACCAUAUAUGAGGGCAGAUUUACAUAGCCGUGUGUGACUGCCCCCACUUGCAGAGCUGCUGGAGGUAGCGGCGACCAAGGCGCUCGAGUACGCGGACUAUCUGCAGGACCACCAGUUGCGCGAGGCAAUAGAGAUGGCCUACCAGAUGAGCGUCAAGCGGCGUGAGGAGGAGGAGGCCGCGAAACUGGAAGGCGGACCUGGAUCGGAGUAUGGGGGGCGUGACAGCUUCUUCAGCGACAGGGUGUCCAUCCCGGGUUUCAGCGACAGCAUGUGAUGCCACUAAGGGCGUCAUGAGACUUGCGAAUCGAGUGUCCGUGUCUGUGUGUUGGACGUCACACAUACGUAACACACACAUGUCUUACAUGCAAGCUUCUAUAUCGACCAAGGCCUUAGACGGCCAUCCGUCACA